CCGGAUCUACGGAUUUAGUUUCCAAGAAUUAAAAGUCAUCCAGAGCCCCUCUCCUCUUACUGGGCUUAUUAAGAGGGUCCUAUCUCCAUCUGUUCUCUCAAUUUGAACAUGAACAUCAAACAUGCAGCACCUGCAGAGAAGAAGUUCAAGUUGUUAUUGUUAGAUUUUUAUUUAGUUUUAUAUUUUUUUUAACCUGCUGCUGUUAUCUCUGUUGAUAUUUUGGACAUUUUAGAGUUUUUACCUGUGGAUUAACACUUUUUAAAAAUAUAUAUAUACUAGGGAGUAGUUUGUGGCAUCAGCAAUCAGUUGCAAACUUUCAUCCAUCUCAGCGAUAUGAAGAGUGCCACCCUGAAUGGAAACUCCUCGUCGUCUGACAGCUCAGUCAGCACAGAGAUCCUGUCUCGGACUGGUUACACAAAACUGGCCAUUAUCAUGGGUGUGUUCUCUGUAGCGGGGAUCAUCCUCAACGUCCUGGUCAUCGUGGUGACGGUGAGACACAGAAAACUAAGGCAGCCACUCAGCUAUGCCCUGGUUAACCUCGCCAUAUGUGACCUGGGCUGUGCUCUGUUUGGAGGCCUGCCCACCACAGUCACCAAUGCAAUGGGAUACUUCAGCCUGGGACAUGUGGGCUGUGUGUUGGAGGGCUUUGCCGUUGCCUUUUUUGGUAUAACAAGCCUAUGUACAAUAGGAGUCAUUUCUGUUGAGCGCUAUGUAGUGGUGUGUUAUCCGAUGGGUGCUGUCCUGUUCCAGACCAGGCAUGCAGUUGCUGGAGUGGUACUGGCCUGGGUCUGGUCAUUUGUGUGGAACACUCCGCCUCUGUUUGGUUGGGGAAGUUAUGAGUUAGAGGGCGUCAGAACUUCCUGUGCUCCAAACUGGUACAGCAAAGAUGUCGGGAACAUGUCCUACAUCAUCAUAUACUUCAUCCUUUGUUUUGCCUUGCCCUUCUCCAUCAUCAUGGUGUCCUACUCACGACUGUUAAGGACCCUCCACCAGGUGAGCAACGAAGAAGCUGGACUUGUAAAUGUAUCGACUCUAAUGAUACGAUAAUGAUGUCUUUUUGCUUUAUUUCUGUAGGUGACCAAGCUGCAGGUAUCUGAGGCUGGAAGCACAAAUCGUGUGGAGGUGCAAGUGGCCCGCAUGGUGGUGGUGAUGGUGUUGGCCUUCCUAGUUACCUGGCUGCCAUAUGCCGCAAUGGCUCUUACUGUCACCAUAGACUCCAGUGUACAUGUUGACCCUGUCGUCGCUACUAUACCUGUUUACUUUGCUAAAAGUAGCACCGUCUACAACCCCAUCAUAUACAUUUUCAUGAACAGACAGUUUCGAGGCUACGCUAUUCCUGCUGUUCUGUGUGGAUGGAAUCCGUGGGCCGCAGACCCUCAAAUAUCUGAGGUUGAGACCUCUGUUGCCUCUGUCAGUAAGAGCCUAAGAGGCUCGCAUCAAGAAUCUUUACAAGAAUAAAUAUAAUUUUUAAAAAUGCUGUGUAUACACUACUGUUCAAAAGGCUGGGAUCACUUAGAAUUGUCCAUUGUGUUAGGUAAUCGUGUUGAAAGGCUAAUUGAUGAUUAGAAAACCCUUGUGCAAUUAUGUUAGUACAUGAAUAAAAGUGCGGAAAACAUGAAACUGCCUGGGUGAACAGUAGUGUGCAUAUACCCUUGAUCUUAUUCCUGAAGCAGCUCCACAUUAUCUAUUCUACUUUAGAAUAUUAGUCAGUCUCUGCAAUGUAUUGCAAGGAGAGAAUAUUCUCACAAAUUUAAACAAAAUAUCUGUCAGACAUGGAUAGGAUCAGAGACUUUUUUCAUCCCGAGCAGUCACCUAGCACAGCUGCUGAAAGCACCUGUAAAAAAAAAAAAAAAAAGUAUGACAGAAGCUGUUAUCUCCUCAUGGGUUCAAACUGCAUCUUUUUUUUGCUGUCAAAACUUUUCAUGUAUUCUGACAGUAACACAACUCGUUUGUCUUGUUCUGCGUCACUGAUAUUUAUUGCUUUUGACCUCCUAAUAAGAAGUCGCAAGGUGUCAGUAUUUCAAUUUUUGCAUAUUAAAAGUUUAAAUUCACGCAGGUUGUUAUGCGAAUUUAAAACUCAUGAAGCAACACAACAGUUCAUUCCAAGCUUCUCUAGAGCGAGCAAAAUAAUCUCCUUACUUCUUCUAGUCAGUGGCUGGAUUACUGGGGUUAAGAAGCUUACAUGUAGUAUAGUGUAAGCUAUAAGGGAAAAUACAAUAACUUAGCUGAAAGAGCCUAAAUUAAAUUUCGAGAUGCAAUGACUCUGAAGACUAUAGCUUAGCUUUUUUUUGUGAAAGAUUUUACAGGUACGUCGAAUACCACUGUCUAGGUUAAGCACAGAAUUAACUGUAAAAUUUUGCUCAAUUGUAAAAAAUGUUUUGCCACAAACUACUACAAGCAAUAUGCAUUCAGAAGAUCUAUGACAAGAAAAAAGUAACUAGAUGAUUUAUUUUUUAUUAUUAUUUUUUAUUAGGUGUACAAAUCCUUUUUGCUUCUUAAGGUCUGUCCUCAAACAUGGUAUACACCCCUCACACACCAGCAGACCUUUGUCACCUUUAUGGCUUUCAUUGAUAAAAAGCAAAAAAAUAAUAAAAUUUAAAAAAAAAAAAUCAGUGUUUUAUACUCCUUUGCAACAU